CUGUCUGUCUCUGCACCAUUAGUGAGGUCCGUGCUGCAGACACCGCCUUGCCAACCACACUGCUCUUCGUAGUCCUUAAGUGCUAACUCAACGCAGAGGGAACAUUUUUUGUAAAUUUUUCAAAAAUCUACAGAACACACCGGCUGGCGAAGGGAUCCUUGUGUUCGUCUGUCAUUGGGAACAAGCGUGCAAACUAUUGGAAUACUUUGGACCUCUUGACGUCACCUGUUCUACCUCGCCAUAGCCUGGGUGCAGCCGAGUGUCUGUGUGAUCGCGUGUGAGUGUGUUUGUGAACGUGUGUGGUUUAAGAGGAUCUAGGUGGUGUCUACAUUGGGUUUUGGUUUAACAGGUGCACGUGCAGGAGCGUUGCACUGUGGUUCCUCUGUUUGGAUUUACUGCUCUGAUCAGACAUGGCUACUCUGAGAAGCUUGCUGCUAGGGCUCUUGUUGGCCCUGCUUUGCUCCUUCCAGACACCGCUGGCGCCCUCAGCCUCUGUCAAAGCCCAGGAUCUGCCAUUUGUCCGUGAGGAAGGCCUGAUGGCUGAUGAUGAUGAUGACGAUGAUGAUGACGACGACGACGAUGAUGAUGAUGACGACGAUGAUGACGACGACGAUGAUGAUGAUGACGAUGAUGAUGAUGACGAUGAUGACGACGAUGAUGACGACGAUGAUGAUGACGACGAUGAUGACGAUGACGACGAUGACGACGACGACGAUGAUGAUGAUGAUGAUGAUGACGACGAUGAUGACGAUGACGACGAUGAUGAUGAUGACGAUGAUGACGAUGAUGAUGACGAUGACGACGAUGACGACGAUGACGACGAUGAUGAUGAUGAUGAUGAUGAUGAUGAUGACGAUGACGACGACGACGAUGAUGAUGACGAUGAUGAUGACGAUGAUGACGACGAUGAUGACGACGAUGAUGACGACGACGAUGACGACGAUGAUGAUGACGAUGAUGACGACGAUGAUGAUGACGACGAUGAUGAUGACGAUGAUGAUGAUGAUGACGAUGAUGACGACGAUGACGAUGAUGAUGAUGAUGAUGAUGAUGAUGAUGAUGAUGAUCAUGAAGAUGAUGACGAUGAUGAUGAUUAUCAUGAAGGAUCUAUUUGUUCACUGUGUGCCCACUGUGAGCACUGCGACAGCUGUGAUAAGUGCCCAUGCAAAAAGAAAGAUGACUCUGCGCACUGUGACUUCUGUGAUGACUGUGGAAAGUGCUACAUGUGUCCUGUUUGUGAGGCCGUCUGCAAGCCAGGUGGCUUUGUCGACUCUGUUUCUGGAUCCAUCUAUAAGACUGUCGCAGACGUCUUUAAUGAUGAUGACGAUGACGACGACGACGACGAUGACAACUAAACCCAUUCAUCACCAGCAUGUGGCCAAAAGAGGAACGUGCAAUUGGGCGUUGCGUUUCACAGAUUUCAGGAUUUACAUUGUAGCGUUAUGUUCAUUGUCAUUAAGUUAUUUUUUCUCUUUUUAAUGUUAUCACAUCACACGCUACAGUCUGGUCAAUAAAUACAUAUACGUGGAACUUAACUAAUUUCAUUAGGCUACCUUAAAUUAAAUGUAUUUAAUUGAACAACAUUUCCCUUUUAAACAGUCUUGUGAUUAACAAAAGUUAUGAUAUGAAAUGUAAUUGCAAACCUAACUGUGUUGUUUUGAGACUACUUAUGGAAUAAAAUGAGGGAACGUUUUAUUUAUUUGUUUAAGUAAUAAUACUUUAAAACCUACAUCAGUGUUGACAGAGUAUAAUUGUCUGUGAGGGAUGUCCUUACUGUCUCUGUUAAAUAGGUUGUAAUGUUUUUCACUUUGCUGUCAAUUUUUCCGCUGACGAAACAUGAUUUCCAAACAUGAUUUGUGAUAUUAAAUAUGGCCUUAAAGGGAUGUUAAUCCAAAAAACAAAACUGUGUCAUCUUUACUCACCAUCAUGUUGUUUCAAAGUUCUGAACUAGCACGAGUGAGCCUUUAGAUAUAAUGUCCACUAGUAUGGUAUGGUAAUAAAAACAACUAAAUAUU